UGCUGAACCAAUCCCUUCCCGCAUUAACCUGUUUUUUCUUGUAAUAUCACUGAUUUAAAAUUUUGAGCGCAUCACAAGGCAUCUCCAGCGUUCAUCCAGCACAGCCGUUGAUUCUCUGACACACUGCUGCGGUCCACGCGCGCACCCGCGCCUAUAGGUGGAGGCGUGUGAGAUUUUAGAACCAUCCGCCUGCAGGACCCAGAACUGCCAAACUGUUUGAAUUCAAAAACGUCCUCUCGUCCCGUGCGACCAUGGAAGGCGACGUUAUGGAUAAACUGAACGACAUGGCCUCAGUGUGCGGGUUCGACCCUAUCACGGGGGAUAUUCCAGCCACCAAAGUGGAGAUCACCGUCUCGUGCAGAAACCUGCUAGAUCGAGACACAUUCUCCAAGUCAGAUCCUUUGUGUAUUCUUUACACUCAAGGAGUGGAGUCUAAGCAGUGGCGUGAGUUUGGGAGAACUGAAGUCAUCGACAACACACUGAACCCGGACUUUGUGAGAAAGUACAUCCUGGACUAUUUCUUUGAGGAGAAGCAGAAUCUGCGCUUUGACAUAUAUGACAUUGACUCCAAAAGUCCUGAUUUAGCCAAACAUCCCUCCGAUUUCAACGACUUCCUAGGUCAGACCUUCUGCACUUUGGGAGAGAUUGUGGGUUCACCAGGCAGUCGUCUGGAAAAGUCUCUAGGUGGCAUCCCUGGGAAGAACUGUGGUACAAUUAUUCUCACGGCCGAGGAACUAGGAAACUGCAGGGACCGUGCCACAAUGCAGUUCUGUGCCAAUAAACUGGAUAAGAAAGACUUUUUUGGUCGCUCUGACCCAUUCAUGCUUUUCUACAGAAGUAAUGAGGACGGAACGUUUACUAUCUGCCACAAGACAGAGGUGGUUAAGAAUACUCUGAACCCUGUGUGGCAGCCAUUCACCAUACCUGUCAGAGCACUCUGCAAUGGAGAUUAUGAAAGGUCAAUUAAAGUGGAGGUAUAUGACUGGGAUAGAGAUGGAAGCCAUGAUUUUAUCGGGGAGUUGACCACCAGCUACAGAGAGCUUUCUCGUGGUCAAAGUCAGUUCAACGUAUAUGAGGUGGUGAAUUCCAAAAAGAAACUCAAAAAGAGGAGAUACAUCAAUUCUGGCACCGUGACACUGCUUUCAUUCUCUGUGGAGGCCGAACACACAUUUCUGGACUACAUCAAAGCAGGCACUCAGAUCCAUUUCACAGUGGCCAUUGAUUUCACUGCUUCCAAUGGGAACCCUUCUCAGUCCACCUCCCUCCACUACAUGAACCCGUAUCAGAUGAACGCGUAUGCCAUGGCUUUGAAGGCUGUUGGCGAGAUCAUUCAGGACUAUGACAGUGAUAAGAUGUUUCCAGCAUUGGGCUUCGGAGCCAAGCUUCCUCCUGAUGGCAGGGUUUCCCAUGAAUUUCCCCUGAACGGUAAUGUAGAUAACCCAUACUGCAAUGGGAUGGAGGGCAUUCUGGAGGCUUACCACCAGAGUCUAAAGACUGUCCAGCUUUACGGACCCACCAAUUUUGCUCCUGUCAUCAACAGUGUAGCAAGGUAUGCUGCGGCAGUUCAAGACGGUUCUCAGUAUUUCGUACUUCUCAUAAUCACAGAUGGUGUGAUAUCAGAUAUGGCUCACACCAAAGAAGCCAUCGUCAAUGCGGCUAAAUUACCAAUGUCCAUCAUUAUUGUUGGAGUUGGCCAGGCAGAAUUUGAUGCUAUGGUAGAGCUGGAUGGUGACGAUGUAAGAAUAUCCUCCAGAGGAAAGCUGGCAGAGAGGGACAUUGUACAGUUUGUACCAUUCAGAGACUACAUGGACCGGACAGGGAACCAUGUACUCAGCAUGGCACGGCUUGCCAAGGAUGUCCUGGCCGAGAUCCCGGACCAAUUGAUCUUAUACAUGAAGUCAAGGGGCAUCAAACCCAACCAGAUACCACCAGACUACAGCCCACCUGGGCUCAGCCCAACCUCCACCAUAUGAGUUUGCCCUGCCUGCUCUGGAUUACAGAAAACAGGCAAUAACUGCUUAUGUCACCUCCAAUUUGGAUCUCAUUCAAAGCCAACACAAAUUAUUCAGUAUGCCUUUACCUGCUGUUUUUAAUCUCGUAUACUUGAGAAAUGAAAAACUUAAGUCGUUGGCCUUUGGACAGAAAAAUAUGAUUCUUAUUGGCUUAUUUCUCACAUGAUUUCUUCUCAAAUUAGCCAACACUAUAACACAGAUUUAUCCAUGUAAAUCUGGAUCAAUAUCAUUCAAAGUCUGACUGCACUGGAUAUAUGGAGGAGAUCUCCACAAGCAACUGCAGUUAUGAUCUUAAUUUAAUAUCUCAGCAUCAACAACACAACAAAAGGUGAUUCAUGUGUGUCAAAAUGAGGACUGUGUGUCUAUUCGGGGAGUAUUCCUCUAUAAUUAUUUUAUAGCUAUCAGAGGAGGAAAACAUUAAAUAGUGUUGUUAGGAAGUACGAUAAAAAUAUUUGUGGAGCUAUUUUAAGUGAUUUAUUGUUUGAAAUAUUAGAGGGGUAAUCUAUGUUUUGGAAUGGUUACUUUUUAGUACAAAGUAAUAUUUCCCAUUGUGGUUUCCCUUUUAUAGCCUUUUUAGAGCUGUGAGAAACAAGAUAUUUUCUAUUGUAAGGCAUGAAAUCCAGGUAAAAACAAUUGUACAGCACAUAAAUACAUUGUAUUAAUUGUAUUUACAUGCUCUUGAUGAAAUCAAUUGGAAAAUAAUCCAUUGAUAGAGUUUAAAAGUAGUUUAAAGUUGAGCUUUUUGGACACAAGUCGAAGAGAAGCACAAAUAUUUUCUUAAUACUGUACAAUUUGUAAACAAUGUGAAUCAGACACAGGUCGCAGAUUCAGUCAUUACUCACACUGUACACAGACUGAAAUUUCGGGCACAAACAGCUCCAGAAUUACUCUCCAGCAUGGUUUAAUUUGCCCCUCUGAUCCCUUAAAGGAAUAGUUCACCCAAAAAUGAAAAU